AUGGCGUCCGCCGCAGCACCUCCGUCCGAGGACAAGAGAGGCCUUUCUCAGUCUAUGCAUAACCCACACAAUGAGACCAGUUCCUCGGAGAAAGCGCGCCCGUUCGUUUCGUGGCCGCAGCACUUCAUCAUUCGCAAGGGCGGCACCCGUAACUCUCUCGUGCCCGUCAUCCCUAUUGACCUCCUACCUGACUAUGUCGAGAUCAUCGGCUUGCCAAAGGAGCUCACAGUCAGCGAAACUGUCGGCAUGUCCAACCUCGGCGAGUUCCCCAAGCCACCGAGCGACCUCCAGUUGAACUUUGUAUCGCCGGUUGCGCAAACUCGCGAGCCAAUGCUAGAGUGCAUUGAAGCUCCGGCCAAGGCAUCUAAGGUCACCACGAAACCCACGGCCGACACACGUGUCGGAGAUCCCUCGAAACCAUCCCGGGCCCAGGGUCCUCCGCCGGUGAUGCCGCCGCCGCCCCGGCGCGUCCUGGACUGGGCCGAGGACACAGAAUCCGUCUCCACGGACGACUUCUCUGGCGCAGAGAACUCUUCCGGCAGUAGCAGCAGCGAUCACAAGCGACGAAGCGUCUCCAAGGGCAAAUCUACCAGGUCCAAGGAGAAGUCGACAGCUGAGACUGCCCAACGCAUGCUCGAAGUCGCUGCCGCUACUUCUGCCCAUCGACUCGCUCCUCACCUCGCUCACCGUUCGACCUCGGCGCCGGCUGUUGCUCUGUCUGCCGAAGCGGUCGCAAAAAACAAUAGCGGCAGCAACAACGGCAAGAAGAGCAAUAAGGGCAACAAGUCGAAGCCCGCCCGGCCCGCCGGCAGUCUGUGCCGCCACUGGUGUCAGACAGGCCAGUGCAGCUUCGGUACGGAUUGCCGGUACACGCACCAGAUGCCCGUGACGCUCGAGGGGCUCAGUGAUGUGGGCCUCACCGAGCUGCCGGGCUGGUGGCGCAAGUCGGCCGGGCUGCCUGUCGAGGGGACCAUUGACGUUCGUAUCUUCUCUGCUGCCGGGGCCGCUGCAGCUACUAGCAUCAGCAACGGCGGGAAGAAGAGUCCCGGGCCGGCUUCGGGCAGCGGUUCGGCGACUGGCACUGUGAGCCAGUCAAAGAAGGUCAAGAUGAAGAACGACAAGGAGGAGCGCAAGACGGCGGAAGAGAUCCAUUCUGUGAGACUUGGGGUUGAGAGGGCUCGAGCGAACGCGUCCCCCGUGCCCGUUUCCAGUAAGAGUGGCAAAAGGAAGAUGGCGAACGGCAAUGCUCUCCAAGCCAAGAAGGCUCAGCAGGUGCAGCACCAGCUUCCUGUUGAAAAGUUGGUCGACAUCUGA